AUGUCCACCACGUCCAUCCCGACGAUCGACCUCUCCCUCGCCUCGUCGGCGGCAACACGCCCCAAACUCCUCGCGGACCUCCGCCACGCCUUGUUCGAAGUCGGGUUUCUGUACCUCUCCAACCACGGCAUCUCACCACCCGUGAUCCAGGACCUGGUAGGUGCGCUGCCUCGCCUCUUCGCCCUGCCGGACCAUGUCAAGCGGUCUGUGGCGCUGGUCAACUCGCCCCAUUUUUUGGGGUAUAGCGGGUUUGGCUCCGAAGUGACGGCGCGGGUGAGGGAUCAGAGGGAGCAGUUUGAGUUUGCCAACGAGUUGCCUGACAGGUAUGGACUGGCUGUCUCACGGCAUGGGGGAGACGGGGGGGAGGCGUUGCCGCUGUAUAUUCGACUCCAAGGGCCGAAUCAGUGGCUGCUGCUGGAAGAUGACUCGGAGAGGCAAACGGUGCCGAAGUUUCGCGACAUCGUCGAGAGAUACAUCGCGGCGAUGCAGGCUCUCGCGAUGCGCUUCCUCGAGCUGGCCAACGAGGCACUCUACUUGCCGCCGGGCAGCCUGGAACGGUUCACGGGGCCGCAGGACAGGAUUAAACUCGUGCAUUACCGGCCUACUUCUACCUCUACCUCUACCUCUACCGAGGAGUCUCUUUCUUCUACUCCCUGUUCUUCCUCUAAUACGCAAGGCGUGGGCCCCCACAAAGAUUCCUCCGGCUGGAUGACCUUCCUCCUGCAAGCCUCGUCCCCCUCGAUCCCGGGUCUUCAAGUCCUUUCCAAAGACGGCCUCUGGCUCGACGCGCCCCCCGUGCCCGACACGUUGGUGGUCAACAUGGGCCAGGCGUUCGAGGUCGCCACCAACGGCGUCUGCAAGGCCACCACGCACCGCGUCCUCCUCCCGCCCGGGAAUUAUGACCGGUACAGCGUGCCGUUUUUCCAGGGCGUGAGGCCCGAUUUGACAAAGCCGGAGUUGCGGUCGCUGUGGGAGUACUUUGACGCGGAGGAGAAGUGGUGGACGACGUUGGGUGGAAGUAGGGAGUCGGACGAGGGGAGCCAGAUUGAUAGCCCCUUUUUGAGGGGCAAGUAUGAUACUUGGGGCGAGGCGCAGCUGCGGACCAAGAUUAGGAGUCAUAGGGAUGUUGGGGAGAGGUGGUACGCGGAUGUGUUUGAGAAGUAUGUCAAUGAUGAUUGA